AUGUUUGUGUUGACUCAAGAAGAGGCUGGUGUGUCUCCCAAUCUGAUUAGAGGUAUAAUUUCUCUCCAAGUUCAUAAUAUACAUGCAUUAUUUGACUCUAGUGCUACACAUUCUUUUAUUGCUUUUGAAUAUGCUAAGCAAUUGAACUUGCAUGUUUAUGAUUUGUCUUUUGAUAUGAAUGUUUUGACACUUGCUGGAUCUGCUGUGAAAACUUCAAAUGCAUGCUUGAAUCUUGUGUUGGAGUUUGAGAGUCGAAAGACAACGAUUGAUUUGAUUUGUUUGCCACUUAAGGAUCUUGAUGUGAUUGUGGGCAUGGAUUUGCUAACAGCUAAUAGUGCCACGCUUGAUUAUAAAGCAAAAUUUGUUUCUUUGCCUGUGUAUUGCAUGCCUAUUGAGGUGUCUAAAGGUCUUCCUCUGUUAUCAGCUGUUCAAGUUAAAAGUUGUAUAAAGCAAGGAUGUCAAGCCUUCAUGGUCUUCUUUUCUAUGCAAGCUGAGAUAGAAGAAGGGAUUAAUGAAAUUGAGAUUGUGAAUGAGUUUCCUAAGGCAUUUCCUAAGGAAGUGUUAGAACUACCUGCUGAGUGGGAAGUAAAGUUUUCCAUUAAUUUAGCUCCUGAGACAGAGCCUAUCUCUAAGGCUCCCUAUUAA